AUGCUGGCACACCUUAAGAAACUAUCCUCCGUCACGCUUUCGCGAAAUUACUUCACUGCAUUUCCACUUGGAGGUCCGCAACAAUUUACCUCAGUUCAGGCUAUCAAUAUGGACCACAAUCAGAUUACAAAGAUUCCAUUUGGAAUCUUCUCUCGUGCAACAAAUCUCACCAAGUUGAACAUGAGGGACAAUCAACUUUCUGCUCUACCCCCGGAUGUGAAAAGUUGGGUUAGUUUGGUGGAACUGAACCUUGGUACAAAUCAACUAACCAAAUUGCCGGAUGAUAUAGAGCAUCUUUCAAAUCUUGAAGUUCUUGUUCUAAGCAACAAUCAACUCAAGGUAAAUAGAUAA